AUGGCCCGAAGCGACGAAGCAGAAUGGUGGUUUAACGCCGUGUACGCAGCUAUCCAGCAGAUCCCUCGUGGCAAAGUUACUUCUUAUGGGCAUAUUGCUCGUUUGCUCGGGGAGCCCCAACGAUCGCGCCAGGUUGGCGUGUGUUUGAAGCAUCUUCCAUCUGAGAAUAAUGAAGAGGACGGGCCACGCCAUUUCUAUCACGAUGGCAACGUUCCAUGGCAGAGAGUGAUUAAUGCAAAAGGGAUGAUCUCGCAUCGAGGACCCGGCUCAGCUGCGCGCCAAGCAGCCGCUCUCGAAAUUGAGGGGGUGACGGUUACGGCGGAUAGUAUGGGCGAGUUUUAUGUUGAUUUCAGCGAGUUUGGAUGGUUCCCGGAUCACCUCCCAGGGGAAGAGACCAGCGACGAAGAGCAAGGCGGCAAUGAGAGCUGA